ACUUUGGGUUCAUAAAACCAUAAAAAUAUGUCCAUAUCAAACAUGGGAUAGGCCACAACACGAGCAGGCAUCUUUAGAGAGGCGAAAAAAGUAGGACUCGGGGAGAUGAUCACAAAUAUAAAAUAAUAAAAGUGGGACUCGUAAAACGUUAUAUAGCGCUGGCUUGAGACAUGAAAAUAUCGUUCUUCUUGACAAUGGCAAUCUUUUGAAAGUAUGAUGAUCUUGUCGAUAUUUAUAUCAGGUGUUGCUUGAAACUAAUUUUUUGCACCAGAUUGUUGCAGUACGAUUGCUUAAAAAGUAUGUAUGCAACUACGCCUUAGAGUCAGCCUUUUUCAUAAUUCUCCAUGGUUGUCAUCUCCGUCAUUCAAAUCCUUAUCAAUCCACCCACGGAUAAUCGGAUUGGUUUAUUUUGUCUGGUUAUGCAGAGUUGUUAAAAUUUCUCAAAGUUCUCAACCUAGAAAAUCUUGCUGUACUUCCGGUGCAUGAAUACGCUUGGAUGCAUUUUUAGCUUCCUUUAAAAAUAAAUGGAUGAUUACCGGAGCUAUUUUUCGUGGCUUCAAACUGGAAUCAAUGCAAGAAAUUGGUCAAGACUUCAAUAAGCAGGAAAUAUAUACAGGUCUUUUGAGUAGAGGUGUCUUUGCCUCUCGGCUCUCCCUUUUGUUUUUUUCCAUAUAGUUGUUAGCUAAGGAAGCCUCUAUUUUUUUAAUUUUUGGUUUAUGUAUGAUGUUUUUUGUUCAUAUCCAUUAAAAAAGGGGAUGGAGGCCUACCUCCAGAAGAAGCAUAUUUUCAAAGAAACUUUUUCGCCGCAAAUUUUCUCCUGUUUGAUGUUCAUAUCCAUUACAGAUUCAGGAACAACAAACUAAGCGCUCUGUCAUAAUAGUAAAAACAAGGAAAUACCACCAAAAACAGGAAAAGGAUUUACAUUCCCCAUCUCUAGAUAUCAUGAACCUUCGAUCAAACGAGAAAUUGACGUGAACAGUGGAAACAACGUCUCCAAGCACCAAGCUUUGUACGUUGAAGGAGGAAGGGUCAGAUGGAAGUCAAAACCCCUUUUUUUAAAUUCAAUGACUCGCGUGGGGUCAAUCGUUUUCUUUUCCAACUGGGAAGUUCACAUGAUGGAUGGAUUCUUGACCUUAUUUAAUGUUAGUAGGUAGGUCUCCAUAGUCAGGUGAUAGUUGGACGGGCCAAGCGACGAGCUUCCCACUUCAAUACAGAAUAUAUUAGGUGCUAUAAAGAAUAGCACGGCUCUCCAAACUCGACGGCCCGGGAGCUAUCGCAUCUCCAUUUGGUGAUCGCCUGAAAACAUGCAUGCAACCCACGUGAGCCCGAAACGUAAGGCGCAAUUAAACCUUCUCCUCAAAUGAAAGGGACGUUGAUAUUCCAACCAGGGCUCUUUAUCAAUUACCAUGAACAGAAAUUUCAUUUGCAAACAUACUUUUCUACCAUAAUAUUCAACCAGGAGCCAUAUUUGUCAAAAUUUUUAUACAAGUGAACUUUUGUAACUGAUAAUGCCCUUCUCUGGUCUAAUAACUAUGUGCACGCACAUAUAAUAUGAUACUACAAAUACAAAUUUUUGCAAAAAUCAUGCCAUAGAGUUAGAAAAACCCAAAGUUGCACUAAAAGAAUGUACCAAUCAGAAUUUGAAACCAAUUUGUUGAAAGCUUAUCUAAGUUGAUAGUUGAUCGAUACGAAAAAACAAAGUGAGUUGUAUAUUGAAAAAUGCCCAAGUGUUGAUUCUUGUUAACGACCAAGAUCUAAGAGAAGAAAGUUACUUGUAUUUCUAAUAAAUCAAACGCUAAAAUGCUACCUUCUCUAUUAUUGGAAAAUUGUAUUGUAAGGCGUUACUUGCCGAGCCCCCUGAGACAUUAUUUUCUCCGGCCGAUUCUUUAUUAUCAACAGAAUCUAAGGCGUCAUUUGGAAGCCCCAUAUUAUUGUUUCCUUCAUUGUCGGUGAAAUCCCUGUACUGCUAUUUCCUGCAAUCGACUAGUGGGGGCACCAGCGGGGUGCAUCGCUUGCGCCACUCGCCGCUCGCCGCUCGCUGCGGCCCAUUGUCCCCGUCCCUGCUUCGUUCCCGCCGCUGCAUUCACUUCUCUGUCUCUCUCUAGGCUGACUCAUGGCUGCUGCACCUGGAUUUAAGGAGAGGCUAUGUUGCCAUUUCACCCAUAAUUAGAGGUUUUGAAUUGCCAAGGCUUCGUCUCCGCCUCCCACUCAUGUUUCCCACGACACUUUCUUAGAUCUGACAAUCAGAUCUUUUCCGUCUCCUUCUCACGCAAGAUGAAAGGCCUAACCAAUGGGGAGUUUCUGAACACCUCGCUCUUGGUGAAGAUCACGGCGCUUGCUGUCUGCUCCCUUGCCUUCUUCUUUUUGGGCAAGCACUGGUCAGAUGGGUACCAGCAGAUCGUGUUCUUCAGCCGCCAAGACACCCGGACUGGCUCUUCCCCUUCCCCUUCCGUCUCCAUCUCCAAGAACGCCAACCUCUCUGCAGACGUCCCCUCCCUAAUAGCGAACGUCACCGAUUCGCCUCCCCCAGCGGCUGUCCCGCCUCCGCUGCCGGUCCCUGUCAAUUUGCCCCCACCAUCACUGCCGCCGCCACCACCUCUGCUGUUACCACCUCCUCCGCCCCCAUCGACAUUUGGAAUUGUUGACGAGAAUGGGACGAUGGCGGACGAUUUUGAAGUGGGCGACUUCGAUCCUGAUCUCGUGGAGAAUUGGGGCAACGAGACUGCGAAAGAUGGGGCCCCCGGAGAGGAUGCCGGUGGCGCCGUACUGAAGGUAGGGAAGUUUCCUCUUUGUCCUGCCAGCAUGAGGGAGUAUAUCCCGUGUUUGGACAAUGAGGAGGCGAUCCGGAAGCUGGAUUCGACAGAGAGAGGGGAGCGGUUCGAGCGGCACUGUCCGGCCGUGGACAGCAUUCCAAAGUGCUUGGUCCCGGCACCGAAUAAUUACCGGAGCCGGAUUCCAUGGCCAAGAAGUCGAGAUGAGGUGUGGUACAAUAAUGUCCCACAUACACGAUUAGUGGAGGACAAAGGGGGACAGAACUGGAUUAUGCGUUCCAAGGACAAAUUUAAAUUUCCUGGUGGCGGAACACAAUUCAUUCAUGGAGCCAAUAAGUACUUGGAUCAGAUUGCAGAGAUGGUUCCUGAUAUUGCUUUUGGUUCCCAUACGAGAGUUGCAUUGGAUGUUGGAUGUGGUGUUGCAAGUUUUGGUGCUUUUCUCCUGUCUAGGAAUGUGAUCACUUUGUCCAUAGCACCAAAGGAUGUUCAUGAAAAUCAGAUUCAGUUUGCUCUUGAACGUGGUGUGCCUGCCAUGGUUGCAGCAUUUGCAACCCGACGACUGUUGUACCCAAGUCAGGCUUUUGAGUUAAUACACUGUUCAAGAUGUAGGAUUAACUGGACCCGUGAUGAUGGGAUACUGCUUCUUGAAGUUAAUAGAUUACUUAGAGCUGGAGGCUACUUUGCUUGGGCAGCACAGCCAGUUUACAAACAUGAGGAUAACCUACAGGAAGCAUGGAAAGAGAUGGAGAAUCUUACUUCUUCAUUAUGCUGGAAACUAGUGAAGAAGGAGGGUUAUAUUGCCAUCUGGCAGAAGCCAUUAGAUAAUAGCUGUUAUCUCAGUCGUGAAGCUGGAGCACAACCUCCACUAUGUGAUUCCGAUGAUGAUCCAGAUAAAUUUUGGUAUGUGGGUCUGAAAGCUUGUAUUACUCGGCUGCCUGAUAAUGGUCUUGGAAGGAACAUAACAACUUGGCCUUCACGGCUGCAUACUCCACCAGACAGGCUUCAAUCUGUAAAUCUGGAUGCAUAUGUUGCACAAAAGGAGCUUUUCAAGGCAGAGUCGGGAUAUUGGAAUGAGAUUAUAGAGAGCUAUGUCCGUGUCUUCCAUUGGAACAAGUUGCAGUUUCGUAAUGUGUUGGACAUGCGGGCAGGACUUGGGGGGUUUGCGGCAGCAAUGAUUGAUAAUAAAAUUGAUUGUUGGGUGUUGAACGUUGUUCCUGUUAAUGAGCCCAACACCUUGCCUGUGAUAUAUGAUCGCGGAUUAAUAGGAGUCAUCCAUGAUUGGUGUGAACCGUUUGAUACAUACCCAAGAACGUAUGAUCUCCUACAUGCAGCAGGGCUCUUUUCCAGGGAGCAGAAAAGGUGUGACAUUACCAGGAUCAUGCUUGAAAUGGAUCGUAUAUUACGUCCAGGUGGCUAUGCCUACAUUAGGGACUCUAGACAGGUCCUUGACCAGGUUCAUCAGAUUGCGCUUGCCAUGGGCUGGAGAGUUUCUGUGUACGACACUUCAGAGGGACCCUAUGCAAGUCGAAAGAUAUUGGCAUGCCAAAAGCAGAUGCUGCGAUCUUGAGUAACGAAGGGCAUCACCACAGUAUUGUUUUUAUGGUUAUAAGAGAUCUAAAUUUGUGAUCAUUUUGGGAUCUGCAGAAAUUAUAGUGUAUUUCUGCAGGGCCAAAGGUAAAGCCCGUACGGUUGCUGUGCAUGUAUUUUGUCAUUUAUUGGAUAAUAAGUAGCGAAUGAGAUUUAGUGGUUGUAACAUGCUUUACCAUGUAUCAGCUUGGUAGUUGGAGCACAUUUUUCUAGGUUCAGUGGCAUUCAAUUGUACAAACAUGAAAGAGAAAUUAAUGCACGAAUGCAAUUAAGCCAUUUGUUCAUUUGUCCAAA